GAUCAUGCUGGCCAUCAUCACCAAGAUGACGCUCACCCAGGUGUCCACCUGGUUUGCCAACGCGCGCCGGCGCCUGAAGAAGGAGAACAAGAUGACGUGGACUCCUCGGAACCGAAGCGAGGACGAGGAAGAAGAGGAGAACAUUGACCUGGAGAAGAACGACGAGGACGAGCCCCAGAAGCCCGAGGACAAGGGCGACCCCGAGGGUCCUGAAGCAGGAGGAGCAGAGCAGAAGGCUGCGGGUUGCGAGCGGCUGCAGGGGCCGCCGACUCCGGCCGGUAAGGAGACGGAAGGCAGUCUCAGCGACUCGGAUUUUAAGGAGCCGCCCUCGGACGGCCGCCACGACGCGCAGCCGGGGCCCCCCCACGCCGGGGGACCCUCUCCAGCUGGGCCAGUGGCAGCGCGGCUGGCCGAGGACCCGGUCCCUCACUACCCCGCGGGCGCGCCGGCGCCCAGCCCGCACCCAUCAGCGGGAGAGCUGCCCCCCGUCCCUGGCGGGCCCUCGGUCAUCCACUCGCCGCCACCUCCACCGCCGCCGGCGGUGCUCACCAAGCCCAAACUGUGGUCUCUGGCAGAGAUCGCCACAUCCUCGGACAAGGUCAAGGACGGGGGCGGCGGGAGCGAGAGCUCUCCAUGCCCACCGUGCCAGGGGUCUGUAGCGGGGCAAGCCCUAGGAGGCAGCCGUGUGUCGCCGGCCCCUGCGCCGUCGCGCUCGCCCUCGGCGCAGUGUCCUUUCCCGGGCGGGACAGUGUUGUCCCGGCCUCUUUACUACACUGCGCCCUUCUAUCCUGGCUACACGAACUAUGGCUCCUUCGGACACCUUCAUGGCCACCCAGGGCCUGGGCCAGGCCCCACAACCGGUCCAGGCUCUCAUUUCAAUGGAUUAAACCAGACCAUGUUGAACCGAGCGGACACUUUGGCUAAAGAUCCGAAAAUGUUGAGGAGCCAGUCUCAGCUAGACCUGUGCAAAGACUCUCCCUAUGAACCGAAGAAAGGUAUGUCCGACAUUUAACGCGGGCCGCGUCGUCCCGGACUUUGCUAAUUUAUUAAAAACAUGGCCUUGGCAGUUAUUUUCCCAUCACCAAGAGAGUAAGUGAGAGAGAGAGAGAGAAACUACCCCUCCUAUUCAAAAGUUUAUAGUUUAUGGAGAUGGAUGACAUAAAAAUGUAAACAUCUCCACACACACA